AUGGACGUUUCUUAUGCUUCCCCUACAUACGACUGGUAUAUCUGCCUUUCAUGCAGAAAGUUUGGCUUGGAUGUGAACAGCCCGUCUCCCUCGAAAGCUGUUGAGGCAAGUCGUAAUAGGUAUUCAAUUCUUUCAUUAGUAGAUUACUUUGUUGUUAUGUUUUUGGGAUCAAUUGAUAUUCUUUAA